CGUAGCUUGACUGUUCUCUCCCUUGUACGUCGCUUUGGACAAAACGCGUCUGCUGAAUGACUAAAUGUAAAUGAGACGGAGCUGAAUCUGCGGGUGUCAGGAGUCGUCGUGUGGAUGAGCCGAGAGCCUGGGACUGCCCAGCGCUGACGGGGAGAUGGAUGUCAACGAGAACCGCUGCAAGAUUGUGCUCGUGGGGGACACUCAGUGCGGGAAGACCGCACUGCUGCACGUGUUCGCCAAGGACUCCUACCCAGAGAAUUAUGUUCCAACUGUGUUUGAAAACUACACAGCAAGCUUCCAGAUUGACAAGCAGAGGAUUGAGCUGAACAUGUGGGACACAUCAGGCUCCUCCUACUAUGAUAAUGUCCGUCCGCUGGCGUAUCCAGACUCAGACGCCGUUCUCCUCUGCUUUGACAUCAGCAGGCCAGAAACACUGGAGAAUGUCCUCAAGAAGUGGCUGAGGGAGACGCAGGAGUUCUGUCCCGCUGCUCAGCUGGUGUUGGUGGGCUGCAAGCUGGACAUGAGGGCGGACCUCCACACACACACAGAACUGGCCAAGAUGAGACUCGGUCAAGUUACAUAUGAGCAGGGCACGUCUCUGGCGCGUGAGAUCGGGGCGGUGGCGUACGCCGAGUGCACGUCUCGCUACUCAGAGAACACGGUCCGGGACGUGUUCCACGUCGCCACGGUCGUGUCCAUCAAUCACGGCAGGCCACCAAUCACAUGCAGCGCCUCGCGGCCCGUCCUCAAGCGCAUCUCACAGCAGCCGCCGCCCACUGCCAUCAUAGACCCCGCCCCCAAGGCCAGGAAGGACCGAGCCAAGAGCUGCGUCAUCAUGUAGCUGAUCUGGAGUCUGUAUGGACCCUCACUGGGAAUACUGGGAAUAGACUAUUCUAGUGUUCAGACCCUCACUGGGAAUACUGGGAAUACUGGGAAUAGACUAUUCUAGUGUACAGAUCCUCACUGGGAAGACUGGGAAUAGACUAUUCUAGUGUUCAGACCCUCACUGGGAAUACUGGGAAUAGACUAUUCUAGUGUUCAGACCCUCACUGGGAAUACUGGGAAUACUGGGAAUAGACUAUUCUAGUGUUCAGACCCUCACUGGGAAUACUGGGAAUACUGGGAAUAGACUAUUCUAGUGUUCAGACCCUCACUGGAAAUACUGGGAAUAGACUAUUCUAGUGUUCAGACCCUCACUGGGAAUACUGGGAAUAGACUAUUCUAGUGUUCAGACCCUCACUGGGAAUACUGGGAAUAGACUAUUCUAGUGUUCAGAUCCUCACUGGGAAUACUGGGAAUAGACUAGAUACACACACAAACACACACACACAAACACACAGACACACACACACAGACACAGACACAGACACACACACACUGUGUUAACAAUUCACAUACACACUACACACACACACACACACACACACAUUGUAACACUAUGUUAACAAGUCAAAUUCACACUACACAUACACACACAUUUGAACACUGUGUUAACAAUUCACAUACACAACUACACACACAUUUUAACACUAUGUUAACAAGUCAAAUACACACUACACACAUAAGUCACUGGUGAAAUAGUGUGUGUAUUACAACGUGGUGAAACCUCCACGAGUCCAGCCUCAAGUGCUUUUACACCCCAAACCACAGAACCCAGGAGAGGAGGAGGAGAGGAGAAGAGGAGGAGAGGAGAGAAGAA